UUUCAGUUACCUAUGAGAAUGAUAUUACAUUUGAGUUUAUAUUUAGUAGCUGUCGCUACGAUCGUCAAGGCAGAACCUUUCUUUGGACUUAAAAUUCAAGGAGGAUUUAAAACUGAAACAGAUAUCUCUACAGCUGCCCUAGCAAUAAUUGCACCAUUUGUCCAACUGAAACAAACCAUAACAACGUUCAACAACAGUUAUCCACUCAGCACGCCUCUACUGAACGAUGCCGCCGAUGGAGUGAACUUCUUAUACAAUGGAGCUGUAAAUGAAAUACAGUUCUAUACCAAUCUUCUGGGAAACUCUGCCGUUGAUAGCAAAUCAAAUUCGACCGCACUAUUCGAGGAUAUUAAAACUGCUCUGGCUGUGGCACAGGAAUUUGUCCGGAAUACUCCGUCGGAAUUGACAAAAAUUAGCGCAUUUUCCACCAGCGCAGGGACCGCCCUAACUGAAGCAUUUACAUUUGUUGGAAGUGUUUUGAAUGAUAUGUCGGAUGCACUGACCACCUUUGAAGAAGCCAUCAUCGCCGUGGAUGGAAACACACCAAUCACAUCGUCGUCGAUUUAUAAAAUCUUGAACAAAUAUCAGCUAGCAAACUUGAUCGGUGAAAUCGAUUUCCUACAAUCACAGAUGGACAUUAUACGAGCCAAAAUAUCGAACACGGUUUCGUUGAUAUCGACCUCUGAAGGUCUGAUGAAAUCAUUCAUAGUUAAACUGACAACCGCUUUCGCCGCCCUAGAUGCUCCGCUGUCUAACACAUACAGUACCAUCACAAAAUCGUCGAAUGCGUUUCAACAACAAUUGUCCGAUACACUCAAUCAAUUGACCAGUGCCACUAGCAAAUUCAACGAUAAGAUAAAAACAUUCACCGAUGACAUCAUAGGGGCGAACGCAACCAAAAUCAUCAGCACCACUACCGAGUUCACUGAUUUCUAUAAAUACUUUCUGGACACUCUGAUGCCCAACUCGGAGGAAAAGUUCAAUAGCGUGGCAUACAUGGUUACGGAUUCAGUUCAAUCGGCCGGUCGCGACAUUUUGUUCAACUCCUAUCAAAUGUUGAACAAUGCGAUACAGAAUCUGCCUGCGGCGUCUACAUGUGCUACGAAAUAUUUGAAUCCACUGGUGCAGUCUCUGUCCAACAACAUACCGACAUUUAGUACUUGUUUAAACUUCGUUAAUUCACAAACCGUGGCAUCAGAUCAAGCAGCAGUGUUAAAAAGCCUACUUGCAGAUCGUUUGUAUUAUGUUAGUUUGUGGUCCAACACGAUUUCUGGACUUUCUUCGAAAAGUGAUGCCAGUAGUCGAAACACAGCUGUUCUUAAGCUUCUAGCGAAAACCCCUGCAUCGAAUGUCGACGUGCAUCAACCAGCCUUGGCAGACACUUACAGCAUCUUCGCACAGAUAGUAUCGAACUUCAACGCCCUGCAGAACCGCGUUAUCAUGUGUUUGACCCUGAAAAGUGCCGACUUUUCGGCAUUGAUCAUCGCCGCAUCCAAUAGCUAUUUUGGAUGCAUCCGCAGUAGUUAGAUUGGCGUGGAAGGAUUGCAUUAAAUAUU